GCGCUUAACGCUCUCUCCUGGGGGAACGAAUUAUGGCAUUGUCUUUCAUCAGGGCUAGAGCACUGCAGUACGGAAAUUCGCAGUAUUCGCACUUGCGCCUCUUCGCCAGCGUAUCGAUCAUGAAGACGGGACUGGUACUGGGUGUUUACGAAACGGAGAGCGAGGACAACGUCGUGCUCACCCCUACGGCGGCCAAGUACAAUGAGCUGGUUAACGGCAAGCUGCUGAAGAACAUCCUGCUAGCAGGACCAAAGAUCCCUAAAGGUCAUGCUAGAGUGUUUUGGGGUUUGGAUGAAACAGAUUACACCGGAAUCGCGGUAGUUGGACUGGGGAAGCAGGGUCUUGGUAUUAACAAACUUGAGGAGAUCCAUGAAGGAAAGGAAAGCGUACGUGCUGCCGCAGCAGCGGGAUGCCGUGCACUCGAUGACGUCGAGAUAAAGGACAUCAAGCUAGAAACGCUAGGCGACGCGGAAGCCGCCGCCGAGGGAGCUGGUUUAUCCACAUGGCUUUAUCAAGGAUUUAAAAAUGAAGAGAAGAAAAAGAAAUCACCAAAGAUCUCGCUAUACGGAGAAGAAGGAGAGGCGGAAUGGCAAGUCGGCAUUAUCAAAGCCCAGGCGCAGAACUGGGCUCGCGAGCUCUCUGACACGCCCGCGAAUCUGAUGACACCCACGAUAUUUUCGCAGCGGGUCUUCGAGGCCCUGACGAAGCUCGGGGUCGGCGUUCAGGUGCGCGACAAGAGCUGGGCCGAGCAGAAGAAGAUGGGCUCGUUCCUCAGCGUGGCGCGCGGCAGCAUCGAACAGCCCAAGUUCCUCGAGAUCAAUUACAAGGGCGCCGACAAUCCGAGUGAGCCACCGGUGACGUUCGUCGGUAAGGGAGUCACUUUCGAUGCCGGUGGCAUCAGCCUUAAGCCGCCGUCGGAGAUGGACGAGAUGCGCGCCGAUAUGAGCGGCGCCGCCUGCGUGGCCGCCACCAUCCGAGCCGCGGCGCAGCUCAAACUGAAGAAAAAUAUCAUCGGGCUGAUCCCGCUCACGGAGAAUCUGCCGUCCGGGCAUGCCACGAAGCCGGGAGAUCUGGUGCAGGCGAUGAACGGCAAGACCAUCAUCGUGGACAACACCGACGCGGAGGGCAGGCUGAUUCUCGCCGACGCCCUGUGCUACGCUCAGCAGUUUAAUCCAAGAUUUAUCUUGGAUAUCGCUACGUUGACUGGUGCCAUGAGGAUCUCCUUGUCGAACUCCGCAACUGGAGUGUUUAGCAAUGACGGCAAUCUUUUUGAAACUCUGAGAAAUGCUGGCACGAUAACCGGCGAUCGAGUGUGGAGAUUCCCUCUGUGGCAGCACUUCACCGAUGAAGUGACAAAAAAAGUCAAGGGCGCUGAUAUAAAUAACAUCGCGAAGUGCAAGGGCGGUGGCUCUUGCACCGCCGCCGCCUUCUUGAGGGAGUUCGUCAGCAAGGAUACACCGUGGAUGCAUCUGGACAUAGCUGGCGUCAUGGGACCCGCCCACGACGAAUUAUCGUACAUCCCGGCCGGAAUGACCGGGCGCCCGACACGUACGCUUAUACAAUUCCUACAGGCGCUCUGUUAAACGGUCCGCAAGAUGAUUCAUUUUACGUAACUCGCGCGCCAAAUGGGUUCUUGUAAUUUUCUAUGCAUAUAUGUAAAAGUUUACACAGAAGGAUAUGUAUAUAGAAAUAUGCAUAUAUAUAUAUAUGUAUAUAUAUAUAUACCUAUAUAUGUAUAUAGGGGAAUUGCGCCUAAUAUGGAGAGGAUUAUAUUGAGCGAUCCAUUUAAUCGGACUUGAAAUGAUAAUGUUCAGUGAUAAAACGCAUAAACAACUUAUCGCAGGCCAGUAGCAGCAUUUUUAACGCAAUUUCUUACUAGAUAACAAGCUCCUUCGAGAGGGUAUAAGAUCAGUGACAUAACGCAGGUUGAAUGCGAUUUGAAAAUUAUCUUUAUCAGUCUGAAUAUUGAAUAUGCUGAAACUUGAGUUGAACAUUCUAGCAGAGUAAAACGAAUGCUAGCAAAGAUUAUGAUUUCUGCAUGCUGCAUGAAAAUACAUUGCCAUUACUAUAAGAAUAUUUGAAGAGUACGUACAUUAAGUAUGUUAAUCAAGGUUUAUACGUAUACAUUUUUCAUUUUUGAUAUAUUUGAUACAUCAAGAUAACAUCUCAAUUACAUUUCUGUCUGAGAGAUCGUUAUCGAAAUGCUUCACGACUAUACAAUCCCUAGAAUCAAAAUUAUAUUGUACCUCGCCAUAUUAGGCAGUGCCUACAUCUUUUUAAGUUACCACUUCUUAUACGAUGGAAAUAUUAUAAUCCGGUAAGUAUACAUGCGGAUGAAAAAGUAUGUCUGAAAUAGAAUACUUUAAUUUUACUUUAUCUAGAUGUGGAAAGCUGUGUGACUCAUUUCAAAAAUAAUUUUUACAUUUGUCGAAGGCAUCUUCGGAUAAAUUUUGUAUCAUGAAACUUGAUAAUUAUAUAUUCGUUGCAUUUUGACAUAUAUAGAAGUGUUUGGAAAA